CCGUUUCGGAAGCAGAUCAUGGCGGGCCGGUUCCGUUUUCUUGAUUUACUUCGUUAUUGGUGGGCAAAAGUGGGGUCGCAGCCAUGGCGGAGGAGUUACUCGACGUCCUCACUCACACUGGUCAGCGAACCGGAAUCUCAAAACCCAGGGGACUUGUUCAUAAGGAUGGAGAUUAUCAUCGUGCCGUUCAUGUCUGGAUCUUUGCUGAGAGCACCAAAGAGCUUCUUCUUCAGCGACGAGCUGAUUGCAAGGAUUCAUGGCCAGGUCUCUGGGAUAUAUCAAGCGCGGGACACAUAUCUGCUGGUGAUACAUCGCUCAUAACUGCUAGGAGGGAACUUGAAGAAGAGCUAGGCGUGAAACUUCCAGAGGAUGCUUUUGAGUUGAUUUUUGAGUUCCUUCAGGAAUGUGUUAUAAAUGAUGGGACAUAUACAAAUAACGAGUUCAAUGAUGUAUAUUUGGUGACGACAUUAAAACCUAUCCCUCUUUCUGCUUUUACUCUUCAGGAAAGUGAAGUUUCUGCCGUUAAAUAUAUUCCAUGGGAGAAGUAUAAGACAGUUCUUGAGAAGGAAGAUCCUGACUAUGUACCAUAUGAUGUCAGUGGUACAUAUGGCAAGUUGUUCAGUGUAAUUGAAAAGAGGUAUAAAGAAGACAAGGUCGCACGAAGUUUGAUGCUUCAGAAACAACUGGAUCGUUAUGCUUCCAUUACACUUGAUGCAGAGCUAAGUGGAUUAUCCAAAGGAGAUAUGGAUGCAUUGGUCUUCAUCAUUAAGGCUGCCAAGGUUAUCGAUGAGAUUUUCUAUUCACAGGUCUGGGCUAGCAAUCCAACACUUAGGGACUGGUUAAAGGAACGUGCAGUCCUUUCUUCAUUGGAUCGCCUUAAAUGGGAAAAUUAUUCCAUCAAUAAGAGUCCUUGGUCUGUUCUUGAUGAGAAUGGAGCCUUCCUGUCUACUGCAGAUUCUGCUGUCAAGUUAUCUGCAGAUUCUACAAGGUCUGUUCCUGGGUGGGAAGGUGUAGAAUAUAGAGCUGCGUUUCCCACAGUAAAGCCUGCUGGGGCAAAUUUUUACCCCCCAGAUAUGGAUAAAAAGGAAUUUGAAUUGUGGAAGAACAAUUUGAGAGAUGAUCAACAAGAAGCUGCAACAGGCUUUUUCACAGUCAUCCGCAGGCCUGAAAGUUCAACUGUUCCUCAUGACCAAAUUAGUGAAGUUGAAUAUGGAACUCAAAGUCUUUGUGCUGUUCCAUAUCCCCGCGAAUACCAACCUCAUCUUCAUGAAGCAGCUAACUUUCUGAAGAAAGCCGAACGACUAGCUGAUUCUCCCAGCUUGAAGCAGCUACUGAGGACUAAGGCUGAAGCAUUCCUUUCAAAUGACUAUUUUGAAUCUGAUAUUGCAUGGAUGCAGCUGGACUCCAAGUUGGAUGUUACUAUUGGUCCUUAUGAGACAUAUGAAGAUGCACUCUUUGGGUUCAAGGCAACAUUUGAGGCAUUCAUAGGGGUUCGUGAUGAUGUUGCAACUUCCCAACUAAAGCUGUUUGGUGAUCGUUUGCAGGAUUUGGAAAGCAAUCUUCCAAUGGAUGAUGUUUACAAGUCAAAAGAUGUGGUUGCUGCGCCUAUCCGUGUAAUUCGGCUUCUAUAUAAUGCUGGUGAUGUUAAGGGUCCACAGACUGUUGCUUUCAACUUGCCAAAUGAUGAACGGAUAGUGAAAGAGAGGGGCACAUCAAUGGUUAUGCUUAAGAAUGUCUCAGAGGCAAAGUUCAUUCACAUCCUUAAACCUAUCGCUGAAGUAGCUAUAAGGGAGGACCAGAAACAACAUGUUGAUUUUGAAUCAUUUUUCACUCAUACAAUAUGCCAUGAAUGUUGCCAUGGAAUUGGGCCCCAUUCGAUUAGGUGCCCAAGUGGUAAAGAGUCAACAGUGAGAUUGGAGCUCCAAGAACUUCACUCAGCAUUAGAAGAGGCAAAAGCAGAUAUAGUCGGACUUUGGGCUCUUAAAUUCCUGAUUGAUCAGGGAUUGCUACCAAGAAAUUUAGAAAGGUCAAUGUAUGUCUCAUUCCUUGCUGGAUGCUUUCGUUCUGUGCGCUUUGGAUUGGAAGAAGCUCAUGGAAAAGGGCAGGCACUGCAAUUCAAUUGGCUAUAUGAAAAAGAAGCGUUCGUUAUGCAUUCUGAUGGAACAUUUUCAGUUGAUUUUACAAAGGUUGAAGAUGCUGUUGAAAGCUUGAGUAGGAAAAUCUUGUUGAUUCAAGCAACAGGAGACAAGCCUGCUGCAGGUUUACUUCUUAAGGAGUAUGCUGUCAUGACACAACCCUUGAAGAAUGCCUUGGAAAAGCUUGAAAAACUACAGGUUCCUGUAGAUAUUAGUCCUACAUUUCAACUUGCAGACGCUUUGUUGGAGGCCCAAAAGCAAUUUAAGACACAUUGAAUCAACGGAGCCUAGUGCAUGGGGUCAGGUGGAGUAAUUUAUCAUUAAAAUUUCAAAUCCUUGUCACUACAGACAACUGCAAAGGGAAGUACUGUACAAUAAAAGUUUUUGAUGUUUCUGCAUCCACGGGAUGAAUGAUCUGCUUAUGGUUGACGUGUGUGUGUGUCUAUAUCUCUAUAUAUAUAUAUAUAUAUAUAUAUAGAGAGAGAGAGAGAGAGAGAGAGAUUUUAGCAUAAACUCGAUUUUGUGAGGUAACUUUGUCUCAGGGCUUGCUUGCUCAUGACAACGAGACGCUAUUAUGCUCAGGCAUUCUCUCUUGGCUUAGAAAUCCAUGUACCAGCCUCAGACGGUUGGAUAUGUAUGAAUGGCUCUCUGUCAGUUAUGGAUGUAAAUGAUUUUUGGGAAUGUGGCUUUUUUAAUGGUAUCGAAUUCAACCGAAUCUGAUUUUUCA